AUGGCUUCAAUUCUCCAAAGAGCUGCUAUCACGUACCUAAGAAACAACGCACGUGCAUCAACACACUCUGCCACCGCUGGAGGACAUGGAGGUGGCUGGCAGUUAUGGAAGAAACUUUCUUUCUUUGUGGGAAUGCCUGCUGUCGGCCUUGGUAUGCUGAACGCCUACCUGGCUCAUGCUGAUGGUCACCAUGAACAUCCCCCUUUUGUCGCAUAUGAGUACUUGCGUGUUCGUACAAAGCGUUUCCCUUGGGGUGAAGGCCAGAAAUCACUCUUCCAUAACCCCGAUGUCAAUGCGCUGCCCGGUGGGUAUGAAAAUGAUCAUUAG